AUGUUGACGAAGUCGUCCCCGGGCGGCAACCUCACCCGGGCUGAAGCUGCAGCGGAGGAUGCCAUUAUUUCGGAAGAGCUCCUCUAUCGCUCGGGGAAAUCCAUCCAAAAUGUACAGCUCAUUCUUCGUCAUUUGGAAGAAAUCCCUCGUUUCCUGACCACUCCUUUCGUAAAGCGCCUCGAAGUGGAGCUGAGUAGUGAGGCUCCUCUGGAAAACUCUGUCAAAGGUGAUUCUCGCCCUGUCCGGCGCCUGAUCAUCGUCCAGAACAAAGCUGAAGGCAUUGGGCGGCAUGCCGGCGGGCCCCAGGUCCAUUGCUUCAGCAAGCCAGACCGCUAA